UUGUAUGUGUCUCACGUGUUUUUUAUAUAGAGUAUUUGUUGUGUGUUUCACUUAUAUUACCCACGCGCGUGCGAACCAGAGACUUGGAAGAAGUUAACCACACCAACGAACCAAUUUAUAAAACCCUAGACCUUCUUCUUAUACCUCUCUCUCUCUCUCUCUCUUUUUCGUCUUCGUCUCUUCCUCCUCCUGAUUUGACUCUCGUCUCUUCGAUUUCUACCGGAGAGACGACGACAUCGGAAGACUUCGAAUUCGUGACAUCCCGAUUGUUUUUUUGUUUUUUGGGAUAGUGCUGCUUGUGAAUUGUCCCGAUGGAUCUGCCUAGCCUUGCCUUAAUCGUUGGCGCGGCUGCUUUCAGUCCCAAUCCUGAAGAGCGUAGAGCUGCUGAGCAGAGCCUAAAUCAGUUGCAGCACACUCCACAGCAUUUGGUAAGGAUAUUGCAAAUAAUUGUUGAUGGUGGCUCUGACCUUUCUGUACGCCAAUCGGCUAGUAUCCACUUCAAGAAUUUCAUUUCUAAGCAUUGGGAACCUCAUUCUGGUGAUCAGAACAAAAUCUUGCCCAGUGAUAAAAAUGUUGUCAGGGACCAGAUUCUUGUAUAUGUCUCUCAAGUUCCCCCGAUUUUGAGAGUUCAGAUGGGAGAGUGCCUCAAGACCAUAAUUUACGCUGACUAUCCUGAGCAAUGGUCCCAUCUCCUGGACUGGGUGAAGCACAACUUGCAAGGUCAACAAGUUUAUGGAGCAUUAUUUGUCUUGCGGAUUUUAUCUUCAAAAUACGAGUUUAAGUCAGAUGAAGACAGGGCACCCAUUCACCGAGUAGUCGAGGAGACCUUUCCGCACCUUUUGAAUAUAUUUAACAAUCUCGUCCAUGUUGAAAAUCCUUCUCUCGAAGUGGCAGACCAUAUCAAGCUUGUAUGCAAGAUAUUUUGGUCGUGUAUUUAUCUAGAGCUCCCAAGACCAUUAUUUGAUCCAAACUUGUUUAAUGCUUGGAUGGGUUUGUUCCUAAACAUUUUGGAACGUCCUGUUCCCAUAGAAGGCCAGCCUGAAGACCCUGAGCUUAGGAAAUCUUGGGGGUGGUGGAAGGUCAAAAAAUGGGUUGCUCACAUUUUAAACAGGCUGUACACUCGGUUUGGAGAUCUGAAACUUCAGAAUCCGGAUAACAAAGCCUUUGCCCAAAUGUUCCAGACGAAUUAUGCAGCGAAGAUAUUAGAAUGCCACCUGAAACUGUUGAAUACCGUACGUAUUGGUGGAUAUCUUCCAGAUAGAGUCAUCAACCUAAUUCUUCAAUAUCUAAGCAACAGUAUCUCGAAGAAUAGCAUGUACAACUUACUGCAGCCACACCUUCAUACUCUACUUUUUGAAAUAGUUUUUCCACUUAUGUGCUUCAAUGAUAAUGAUCAAAUGCUUUGGGAUGAAGACCCACAUGAGUAUGUACGGAAGGGUUAUGAUAUCAUUGAAGAUUUAUACAGUCCCAGGACUGCGUCUAUGGACUUUGUGACUGAGCUAAUCAGAAAGCGUGGAAAAGAAAAUUUCCCAAGAUUUAUACAGUUCAUCGUGGACAUUUUUAAGAGAUAUAAUGAAGCAUCUCUGGGAGAAAAGCCUUAUCGCCUUAAGGAUGGUGCUCUGCUUGCUGUUGGGACACUUUGUGAUAAACUUAGGCAAAAUGAACCCUACAAGUCUGAGCUAGAGAAUAUGUUAGUGCAACACGUUUUUCCUGAAUUUAGCAGCCCGGCUGGUCAUCUUAGAGCUAAGGCUGCAUGGGUUGCAGGGCAAUAUGCCCAUAUCAAUUUCUCAGACCAGAGCAACUUUUCCAAGGCACUGCAUUGUGUUAUCUCCGGAAUGCGUGAUCCCGAACUUCCUGUUCGGGUGGAUUCAGUUUUUGCUUUGCGGUCAUUCAUUGAAGCCUGCAAAAAUCUAGAUGAGAUUCGCCCAGUUCUUCCCCAGCUUCUUGAUGAAUUUUUCAAGCUAAUGAAUGAAGUUGAAAAUGAAGACCUUGCUUUUACUUUAGAAACUAUUGUGUAUAAGUUUGGAGAGGAGAUUUCUCCUUAUGCUUUGGGUUUGUGCCAGAAUUUGGCCAGUGCAUUUUGGAGGUGUAUCGACACUGACAACGGUGAUGAUGAAACUGAUGAUGCUGGUGCAUUGGCUGCAGUGGGAUGUCUCCGUGCCAUCAGUACAAUUCUUGAAUCUAUCAGUAGUCUCCCUCAUCUCUAUGGUCAGAUUGAACCACAUUUGUUGCCAAUAAUGCGGAAAAUGCUGACAACUGAUGGUCAAGAUGUGUUUGAAGAGGUUUUGGAGAUCGUCUCAUAUAUUACUACUUUUUCACCUACAAUAUCAUUGGAUAUGUGGAGCUUAUGGCCUUUAAUGAUGGAAGCACUCGUGGAUUGGGCAAUUGACUUCUUCCCAAAUUUAUUGGUCCCACUGCACAACUACAUAUCCAGGGGGACUGGACAUUAUCUCACUUGCAAGGAACCAGAUUACCAGCAAAGUCUCUGGAGUGUGAUCUCUGUGCUUAUGGCGAAUAAAAAUAUUGAUGACAGUGACCUUGAGCCAGCUCCAAAGCUAUUAGGGUUAGUGCUUCAGACUUGUAAGGGGCAGGUGGAUCAAUGGGUGGAGCCCUACAUGAGAAUCACACUAGAUCGGCUACGAGGUGCUGAGAAAUCUUCUUUCAAGUGUCUUCUGGUUGAAGUGAUUGCAAAUGCCUUUUACUACAAUACCCCUUUGGCACUUGGCAUACUGCAACGGUUUGGUAUCGCAACAGAAAUUUUUACUCUAUGGUUCCAAAUGCUGCAAGAAAAGAAGAAGAGUGGUGGAUAUGCUAACUUCAAGAGAGAGCAUGAUAAGAAAGUUUGCAUAUUGGGGUUGACAUCACUUUUCAGUCUCCCUGCUGGACAAUUGCCCGUAGAGGUCUUGCAACAUGUAUUCAGGGCUCUUCUCGAGCUUUUAGUGGCAUACAAGGAUCAGCUUGCUGAAGCUGCAAAGGCAGAAGAGGAAGAAGACGAGGAAGAUGACGACGACAUGGAUGAAUUCCAGUCAGAUGAUGAGGAUGAGGAUGGUGAUGACGAGAAUCCAGAUGAAACUGAUGGAAGCACGCUCCGCAAGUUAGCAGCACAGGCAAAGGACUUCCGCUCUUACAGCGACGAUGAUGACUUUUCAGACGAUGAUUUCAGCGAUGAUGAGGAAUUAGACUCUCCAAUUGAUGAAGUGGAUCCUUUCGUUCUAUUCAUGGAUGCAGUCACAGGAAUGCAAGCAUCAGACUCUACAAGGUUCCAAGGCCUUACCCAGACUCUAGACCCGCACUACCAUGGACUCGCAAGCACUAUAGCUCAGCACACGGAGCAGAGAAGAGCCGAGAUUCUAAAGGAGAAACUGGAGAAGCAAUCAUCUGCAUCCUGAUUUCUCCACGGCUUCAGCGCCUUGAAAAAAAGCCAAUCGUCAGUGUCUCAUUUGGCUGCAUUAUUUUAAAGUAAGCUUCUCUCUAUAUUUAUCCUUAAAAAGAUAAAAGAGAGGCUUAUCAAGAUGAGUCAGGUCGACUCUCAUUAGUCAGUCAUGUCUUAAGAGAGACCAAUCUCUGCCAUCUCCAGUUUUGCAUUUUUAUCGUCAUCAUCAUUGUUUUUAUUUUUUUUUUGUUUUCUUUUAGUCAUCCAAAAAGACCAAAACAAAAGACAACAAAAAACCCAUUCCGGGUUCUUUUAUUUUAUUUUUGUUUCAGAUAGAACAGAGAACCCUUUGGGAGGUUUUUAUGUUCUCCGAUUGGGAUUGGAGGCAUCAUAUAUUAAAGAAAAAAAGCACAUAGUUUUUUUUUCAAUAAUAAUAUUUUAUGUUUUAA